CCGAGCAGCCCGCGGUGGUGCGGGGACCGGUGCCGACACCCCAUGAGCAGAUCCCGUGGGAAAACUCCCUAUUCAUGUAGUGUGUGAGAGGAGGGAAAGGAGUUUUUCCUGUUCUGCAUCGACUCUGUAGUAGGCACUUUGUCCCAUACCACCGCCUAAGGACAAAUCCUUGGUCUUGGCAGUCUUGUGGCUCAUGCCUCGAGUUUGAGGCAGUGUGUCGCUAUUACCUUGUCAGAUGUUGCGCUUGAAUUGUGCACAGGAGGUUAAAGAUGUAUGAAAAGGAGCACAGCCUCAUGUGGGACCUCUGUGGAAUGGGUGACAGUAAAUGUGUGUGGGGGUUAUGGCUGAGCCUUCUUCCAAAAUUCUGAAGAUUGGUGGGUAAGAGGAAUGGAGAACCAAUACUCACCAAAUUUGGUAGUAUUAGCAGACCUGGGGCAUUGAAUGGGUUAGUUGUUUAAAACAGAUUAAAUACUGUAAAAGUAUAUAGUGAGUUUCAAGAAUUUCCUACCAUGUAAGGUUGUAGAAGCAGACAAUGUUCACAGGAUUCAGAAAAAAAAUGGAUUUGCCAAAUUUAAAUGUAUCUCUAGCCAGAAAUGACUAGGCAAGGAUUUGCUUUCUAACAUCCCUAGUGUAGCAGCUUUGUCAGCUGGAGGAGUAUGAGGGAGCAGACCACAGACAGUGGCCAGGGUCAUGUCAUUUCUUUAAACAGCAUUUCUUAUUGCUGUUGUCCAGACAGAAUAUUGCCUGGUGUCUAGAGGACCUAUGGACUUGGAUCAGUAGAUCAGUAGAGCAUUUUUUAUGGUCUUAUCCUUCCUACCUUUGUUUGUUUUCUGUAGAGGCCUGUGUGUAAAAUAGCAGUUUUUUAAUACCAGAGCAUGAGGAACUGAAGGCGGCAGACAUGGUUUCUCUUACCAGCCCACAUUUCCCUGACACAAGCAAUAAGGAAAGGGGUCCUUUUAAAACUUGGUCUUGUCUUCAAAGUAGAGCAGGGUCCUGUUAACACAGAGGUGCUAAUGUUCUUUUAAACUAACUUGGGAAAGGCAUAAGCUACAAAUAAGCAACCCGGCAAACUGCGGUUUGGAGACUUAUGGGCUCAAGCUCACUACUGAGCCCUCCAAGGCUGCUUUUGUGUCCUAGUUCUGAGAUAUUUUUGGCUGCAGUGAUUGCUUGCUUCUUCUCUAGUUAAGUGUGGACUGAGAGACAGGAAGUGCGUUGAAAAUAAACAAUAUGCCACUGCGUGAUUGUUAUGCCAGACAUGAUCUCUAUUGUGUGUUAUAAAAGACCAUUCAAACCUUUUUCAUCUACAAUUAAAAAGAAACAGUAGGUUUAUUUUAAAUAGAAAUAUCCAUUAGUAGAAACACUGUGACUCUGAGCAAAAUGGAAAGCAAACCAGGGAAUUCUAGUGCAAUUCAAACAUAAUUGAUGCUUGGUUGUUUUCUGUCUGUGAGCAGACAUGUGGUAGACUCUUCUCUCUUCUAAAGAAACAGAGUGUAUGAUGUGUUUUGAUCUCUUUUCAACUAAUCCCUGUUAGACCAGGAUAUGCUGAAAUAGGCAUUGAGACUUGGAAACUGUACAUGUAGUGGAAGUGAUCUGGAAGCGAGUAGCAAAACACAAUGUGAGUUUCACUGAUCCUACUGAUUUUCAGGGCUUUGGAGAAGUCUGAUUCGCAACUGCAGGCAAGGAUAUCUGCUGGUACAUCAUCUGCAGUUUCUGGGACCACAGUUGCAUCUGGUAGCUGUUCCAGUGGGGAUUUCACUGCUGCUGUAGCAUGUGAUAGUAGAACCUCUUGCAUUCGGUAAGAAUGAGGCUUUGUUGACCCAAGGCAUCCCUUCAUAACCACAUUAUUGCCUACUGGAGACUUCUGCAGGACAGAGGGGAACGGUCGGGAAGCAAAGAUGAUCUCCUUCAAGCAACUGCCCCUUGAAGCAAAGGCUGCAGUAGCUGCAGGAGUGGUUUUCUUCUCUAUGAUGCUGUCGCGAAGUUAUCUGGCAGAAAAACUCGAUCUCAGGAUGCGGCACUGGGUUCUAAGGCUACAGAUGGCACUAUUUGCCAAUACACUCAUGCUGAUGGGAUCUCUUCAUGUUUGGAGAAGCACAGUCACCAUGUUCACCAGGUCUUCAGCUGCCAGCUCCCUCUGUUUCAUGCUGUGGAAAAUAGCUGUGUUCAUGUUCCUAGCUUUGGCUCAUUCAAGCUUCUUUACGUUGCUAUUUCUUGUUGCAGAAGAGCCCUAUUUCUUUUCUUUAGCUGCCUACACUUGCCUGGGGGCCUAUAUCAUUCUCAUCUUCUUCCUCUUCACUCUAGGCUCUGUAGAGCAGGCUUACAAGUUCUUAGUGGGGAGAGGCGCUAAGGCAGGCACUGGCAACAAGAACAGAGCAGCAAUGAAACCAGUUUUGGCAGUCAUGCUGACUCUUGUGCUGACUGUUGUCGGGCUGUUAAAUGCUUCCCAGCCUCCUACUGUGAAUUCAGUGGAGAUUCCAGUUCACAAGCUGCCCUCAACAAUGACUAACCUGAAAGUGGUGUUGCUUUCAGAUAUCCAUCUGGGGCCUACUGUUGGGAAGACCAAGCUUGCCAUGAUAGUGAGAAUGGUUAAGGCUUUAAAACCGGAUAUCACGGUGAUCGUUGGGGACCUGACUGACGCUGAGGCAGAGAUCAUACGACCUGCUGUUGAGCCUCUUGGAGAACUUGAUUCCCCUUUGGGGACCUACUUUGUCACGGGAAACCAUGAGUACUACACAUCAGAUGUUAGCAACUGGUUCAAGCUGUUAAAAUCAUUUAACAUUCAGCCACUGCAUAACGAGAACGUGAAGAUUGUUUCACCAAAGAGCGCUGAUGACUGGUUCUGCCUGGCUGGCGUGGAUGAUAUUGAAGCAGAUGUAUUACGCUACUCAGGACAUGGCAUGGAUUUGAAAAAAGCUCUCAGAGGUUGUAGCAGUGAGCAUCCAAUAGUGCUAUUAGCUCAUCAGCCAACUGCUGCAAAGUGGGCCCUUCAGGAGAGGCCAGACAUAAAUUUAAUUCUCUCUGGCCAUACUCACGGAGGGCAGAUUUUCCCCCUAAAUGCUGGAGCUUAUCUUCUGAAUCCAUUCUUUGUUGGUUUGUACAAAGUUGGGCAGAACACCUUUGUCUAUGUCAGCCCCGGGACGAUGUACUUUGGAAUACCCAUGAGGUUGGGCAGCAGAGCUGAAAUAACGGAGAUAAUCCUACGUUCUGCUUGAGUUUCCCAUUUGACAGACUUCUACCAUUCUUUUUUUGGUCAGUAUAUUGGCUCUUCUGCUGUGAAAGCAAAUCCUUUUUCAGGGAAACCAGAGAAGAUGCGUUGGGCUGAACUUCAGCAGGUUCUGUUAAGUUUGAGCAGAAAACACUAACUGUAUCUUGGACCUAUGAAAGAAAUUUGGGGCAUGUUAAAAUACUGAAGAAGUUAAUUCUUUGAGUUCGUUAUCACCGAAAUUCUGCACUGAAAGCUAAUGCCAAUGUCACAGAGAUAAUGUGUGUCCUGUGCAUGUUUAGUAAUAUCCGUUUCCUGCGUCUACUUCACGUUCCAACGUUUGCUAUCCAUCAGGCAGCUGCCUUAUCAAAUCUUAGGCAGGCAAAGUUCUGAUCUCAUCCAGUGAAAUCACUCGUGCAUGUUUUGCAGAAGGGACUACUGAGUGCCCACUGAGUAUGCAAAAUCUAGAAGUCUUAUGCUAGAAAUGUUAUGGGAAGGGAAUAGUUGAGGUUUUUUUUUUUUAUUUAAGGCUGGAUAUCCUUAUCCUUCUAGCUGUCUGCAACAUGCACUUGGGUUUCCAGUCUGUGCUUACUAGUACAGUAAGUUGCCAGGCAUCAGUUCCUGAAAUCCAAUUUUUUCCAGUUUAAAAGCUGAUGAGACUGACAUCAGAGGAUGAAAGUAGCAGUCAUUCUCAGGCAUUUCCCCAGAAUAGCUGGGCAUCUAGUAAUUACUGAAAAUAGCUCUAAUAAAAGCAAAUGAGAAAGAAAUUUCAAAAUUAAUUUCUGUUGCUAUCUGAGCAUGCAGUACCUCCUGAUGUAAAGCACAAAAUCCGAAGCUGAAAUACUAAGUGUCUUUUCAUUCUAUGUUUUUUUUUUCUUUCUGCCUAAUUUCUACUCUGUCAUUUUUUCUCUUGCAAGAGUAAGGAGAUGCUAUUUGAAAACAAUGCAAAUAGGUUAAUGUUUGAACUUUGUUUAAAGGCUUUAUUAUUUCAAGUAAACUGUGUCCUUUUUUAACGGAGACUAAACUCUGCAGCGGGUGACUUUCCUUGAGAGCGUUUGCAUUUCAUUGUCCUGUUUGUCUGUAGCCACAGGACUUCUCUUGCACUGCCUUUCUGCCCACCAUCACCUGGGUUCCUCUCAGGCAGACCCAUAUAGCAUGGGGCAGAAGAGAAUAGCUUUAAUGUGGGAGACUGAGGAUGGCAAGACCAGAACUGAGGUGUUCAGUCUUUUCCUGUGUUCCUGUGAGAACCUGAAGUGCACAACCAUACACACUUCUGUUUUGUUCUUCAGCUUCCAUUCUCGUUUUGAAGGAGGUGUGUUUGAAAAGUACCAUAAGCUUUGUAAAGUUGAGUUUUUCUCUAAGUUAAUUAAUUUUGAAGUUCACUUCAUCCUCUCCCUUCAGCUCUCCCCCAGGCAGGGUUUCUAACUGCUAGACUGGUUUUGUAUCCUAUUCCUAUGUACAAGCAUCUUGCAUUUUUACUCAGGAAUAUAAAGAAAUACUGUAAAUGUGUCAUGAAGGUCAGUGGAAUUGUUGGAGAAGUCAGUGCUCUUUUAGUCUGAAAACUGAACACCUGACCAGCCAGGCUCUCUACUUGCCAAACUAGAUAAUUUCUGUUUCCUGACACCUGUAAUUUUGUAAACUGUUUUUUUAUGCUUGUGAGAUGAUACCUGCUUAAGUAUCCCGAAGUUUCCAUGUGUAUUUAACACUGCCCACUGUCUGUGUGUGGGCAGUGAGUGCCACUACUUUGCAGUUGGUGGCAGAGUGUCAAAUGGUCUUGGACAGUGAAAAUUUUGAUAACCUGUAACCCUCUGUUUACUUACCAACAUGCCUUCAGUUAAAAGCUUUUCACUUGUUGCACUGUUUUACCAUGUAAAGAAGACUAAUUGUUAAGCACGUUUCCUUAACAGGAGGCAUUUGUCAGACUGAUUUUAAAUGGUGUCAGUUUCUCAGUGAGUUGCUAGUAUUAUUUUUUCUUUUUUUUUUUUUCCUUACCCUUUUUAUUCCUCUCUUUAUUCUGUCCAAAUGUGUGCAAAAACCUAGCUGAAGGGGUCCUUCCAUCCCAGGAUUUCUUUAUUACUUUGUAUGUGCCUCUCUUGGAAGAUCAUUUUAUGUCCUUUCAAAAGCCUAAAUGCAUCCUUUUAGGAGUGGUCAUAUCGUCAUUGCAUGAAUUUAUUUUCUCCCAUUGUAAUUCAGUUCUUGUUCAGUUUGUUUUCUGUAAGUCUCUCCCUCUGAAAGUUUGUUUGCUUGAUGAUUACUUAUUACUUAAAAUGUUUUCUUUCUGUGCCAAAACAUUUCAAAUCCUUUUCUUAUUUUGCUUUUCAAAUAUGAAUGGAAAGUGUCCUAGAUCAACUUUCUUUUGAUGAAAGGAAUUAGCUGUUUCUGAAAUCUAAUAGAGCAAUAUCUAACUGUCCUUCAAUGUUCUUCCUAUACGUUUUCCAAUUUGACUUGAAUGUCCACAAUGUAGACCCUUGUUCAGUAUUCCAAAUGAAGAAAAAUUGCUGUGCUGCUUAUUUUGUAAUUUUUUUUGAUUUUUUUUUUUAAUUUUGUGUGUGUGUGUAAUGUAUUUGAUCUGGAGAACUUAACUAAAUGAAUAUGUAUUUCUUUCUAUAAAAGGCCAGUUUGCUGAGGGGCAGGAGGGAAGUUAAUUACUGUCAGAAUUAAUAGCAGAAUAGUAUCAUCACUUUGUGAAAGUUAUAUUUAUUAUAUUAUAUAAUUACUAUGGAAUAGAUUAAAAAUAUGUAAGAUGUGAUUAUAACAAAUGCUUUCAAUGUUGGGAUUUAAUAA